AUGAAGGCUCCCUCAAUCCUCUUGUCUCUUGCGGUGGCUGCUAUUGCCAGCGCACAAGACUGCUCACAAGCCUCGGAACCGUUCUACAACAUCACUUCCAAGCCUUUUCACCUUGUUGUACAGUCCGAAGAUGGAAAAGUUAAUGACACACUGAGUGCCUGCCACGUCGGUGCAGCCCUCGAGUCACUCUGCCUUAGCAACGGAAACUUUGGCAGCAGCCCUACCCCUAUCCCUGGUGCAGAGUUCUACUUCAACACCUCCAUCUACUCUUAUGCACCAGAUGAAUCACUUGGCGUUCCCGGAAUCCUGACGUGGAUACUCCCGACUAGCGCCUUCAAUGUUCCAUCUUCGGCGGCAUUUCAAUAUGACCCCAUCUCUUCCCUGGCCGUCCCCAUCAUCAGCCCAGGCAGCGACAACCCCACACUGGUGACGUUCGAUUCCCAAGACGAUUUGGCUAUCCAAGCCUACGUUCGCGGCAGCAACGGCACGGGCAACUACGAGCAAUUCUACCGCUGGUACGCAUGCGAGACUUUCUACGGCAGCUACAACUACAAGAACCUUGCUUGGAACUUGGGUUCAGGCAAGCCCGAAAACCCGAGCUGUGUUGCGGUCAAUGUUACGAGGGUUUUUGUCUAG